AUGCAAACAGUACCGCUAGCAAAUACGUCGGGGAAGAUUAAAGACGACUAUCCGACUGAUAUAACCGAUUAUCUUGAUUUAGAAGACUAUACAUCACGUAUCCAUUCGCUAAACAUCCCAUACGAAACCUAUCAACGCAAGAGAGCGCCGAGAAUAGUUCUUGUUCUGGGUAUCAUGUUAUUCGGAGGAAUCAUCGAUUGUAUCGUUAUGACACAGACAGAAGGAUGGGAACGAUAUGCUGUCCUGGGAAUAUCGAUAAUAGUGAUACUUGUAUCAAUAAUCAUGCUUCUCAACUACAUAGGGCGGGCUAAAGAUGAGGUGGCAAACGAGCGAGAGAGACUCAUCAAUGGAUUCAAUAGUGAAGACAACAGUCGGGAUAUCACUUGGCUGUUUGUCAAAGCAUCAAGAACAAUGUGCAUUCGGCAACCCGAUCAUCUAGUAAUCGAGCUCGGCCAUCCGCCCGCUUCACGAUCUCUUCCACUCGUGAACAAGAUAUUAAUAGAAAAGGGUGAAGGCGAACAAUAUUCUCGACCAUAUUCUCCACCAGCUGUUCACAAGAUACCUGGUAAAACUCGAGAUAUUGUUGGAUUAGUGUAA